GAUACUUGGUAAACUCUCUCUCGGGAAGACCAAAAAAAAAAACCCACCAACCCCUCCCCAGCUGAGUAAUGUGAAGGAAGCAAGCCCUGCCCCUGCCUUGCACUGGUUCGGUCAGCCCCAGCGUGGGCAGCGGGGAGCCACCCGUCGGGUGUGAAGCCAGUGGCGGGCGGAAGCCGGGCUCUUGCGUCAGUGAGGGAGCGCAGGGGGGGGGCGAGGAGAACGGAGGGGCGAGAGGAGAGAGCGGGGAGUCAGCGGCGUGUGUGUCCGUGCGCCGAGACGGCUCUGCACGGCGCGGGCCGCUCAGCCCUCAGGCGCCCGUCCCCCGCCUGGCGCGGGGCGCUCCAGCCUCGCCUGCCCUGCCCGCCGCAAUGGGGCUGCGCCCGGGACCCGUCGCGCCCCUGGGCUGGGCCCUGGCGCUCCUCCUGUCUCUGGACGCCUGGCUCAGCGAGGCCACCCCGCCCUUGAGGUACAGCCGGCCGGGCGCCAGGAGCAAGAACUGGUGCGCCUACAUCGUGAACAAGAACGUGAGCUGCUCUGUGCUGGAUGGAACCGAGCCGUUCAUUCAGGCUCAGUACAAAUGUGCCUGGAACCAGUUUCCCUGUCAACCAACCCCAGUCUACCGUAUGAGUUUCAGACCUCGAUAUACAAUUGCUUAUAAGACAGUAACAGAACUGGAGUGGAGAUGUUGUCCUGGUUAUAAAGGAGAAGAUUGCAGAGAAGGUCCAGCAGAACAACCAAGAACCAUUCUUUUUCCCACUCCACCACCACGAACUGGUGUGAAGAAAGUCUUGGACUCAGAACCAACAGAAAUGCCCUGGGAAUCACCUGGGAAGAAAAUUCAAUUCCUUGAGGAUGAAUUGUUUAGACUUACGCGGACAGUGCUUGAUCUUCAAUCCUCCUUAGCAGGUGUGAAUGAAAACCUGAAACUUACCGUCCAAGAAGAUGCCAGUAAAAUGUUGGUCUCAUGGCUGAACAACCUUCAUGAUCACCCAGGGCCUGAUAGUGUCCUGGGUGGUGAAACAGACAGUAUUCAUCUGCCUGGAAUCCUUGGCAAUAAAGACCAGAAAGAGCCUUUUACUGAUUUUGGAAUGGAAGACAUAAAGUCUGAACUAGCUGAGGUCAAAAAUACCUUGAAGACAAAAAGUGACAAGCUGGAAGAACUGAAUGGGAAAGUGAAAAGCUAUGAAGGGCAAUUAAAACAACUGCAGGAAGCAGUACGAGGACCUACAAUAACAAUACCGAGUGGUAAUUUAUAUCAGGAAUAUCUAGAUUCUAAAAUUGAGGCCCUGAGACAGGAAAUGCUGGAAGGAUUAGAGAAGAAAAUGGCAGAUCUGAAAAACUCAUGUGAAUACAAACUAAUGGAUAUCCAGCAACAAUGUGAUGACCAUGAAACCAGCUGUUCAGAAAUAAUACAACUUGUAGAAGAAAAAGAAAAUGGCCUGAGGAAAGAAAUAAACAAGCUCCGAACUCAGAUCCAGGCUCCUUCAAACCAGUCAGGUUGCUGCAAGACCAGCCACAGUGAUGACUUUGGUCAACAGAUAAAGAAUUUGGAUGAGAAAGUUGACAGAGUUGUGGAAGCACACAGAAUCUUAAAUGCCAGAAUAGAUAAUGAAAUCAUUCGCAUGUCCACGCCAAAUCUAGAAGACAUCUUUGGCCCAAGAUGGGAGGAGCUAGACGCUAGAAUUAAUAUUACAGAGAGAAAUGCUGAAGAACAUUGUUUUUACAUUGAGGAAACUCUCCGAGGUGCUAUAGCUGCUGAAGUAGAUGAAGUCAGAGAUUUACUUGAGCAAAAACUACAGGCACUGGAAGACAGGCUGGGUGGCACUAUUUUAGAAAUUGCCAACGCCACAGCCUCAGAUGGACUAUCAAUUAGUUCAGGAUCAGUCUUGCACAGUGACUCAGGAUCUGGAAAUGAGCAGCUUACAACUGAGAUGAAUCUCCUGAGGAACAAACUACAAGCCAUUGAACGCCUUUGCUGGCAGAAAUGCCAAUCUGCAUCCCUAGAUAUGGAAGACCUUCAGAAAAGCAUAGAAAAUGGUAGCAACAAAUAUGAAUACUUGCUUUUGAAAGUAGAAGACAACUCUGCUCUUCUGAAGUCUUUAAAUGGUUCCCUUAAUGAGAAAUUUAACUUUACCAAGAGCAACCAACAGAACAUCCAGAAGGAUCUGCGUAGACUUCGGUAUGGUCUAAACAUCAUCGAUAAAGAUGUGAAAAAUUUUCAGGUUGGCUUGAGCAGCUGCAAGGAGCAACUUCUGGGUGUCAAUUCUACAUGUGAAAAGAUCCAGCGAGGUGUAUUCAGAAAAAUAGAUGAAAUACGAAGAACAGUUGUGAAUCAAACCUCUCACCCAAAUGAUAAUUGCUGUAAUGAGGUGAAGGAGAGGAUGGAACAGCUAAAGGAACAAAUCUUUAAUGACCUCAGGAAAUGUAAAGAGAACACCGAUGGUAUCCAGGAGGGAUAUGUGGAUAGCAGACUGUCCCAUGUUGAAAAGGUCUGCAGCAAAAUGGACUCCAUCUCGGGUAGCCUGCAGCAAAUAAAAGAAGGUCUGAACAAGCAUGUCACUAGCUUAUGGAACUGCAUCAAUCAGAUGAAUGGAACCAUGACAUCUCAUUCCAAAGACAUUUCUGGCCUCAAAAAUUCUGUCCAACAGUUCCACAAGCAGGUCUCCAAAAUCACCACUGACCUUCAGGAGCUGAUGAAAAUUCAGUCUGGGGCACCUGAAAAUCAACCAAGAGUACCACUGCAGUACCAACCAAGAGUACCACAGCCGAGAACACCGCUGCAGCCACCACAGCCGAGAAUAGUAAUACAGCCACCACGACAAGGAGCCCCUCUUCAGCCAUCACAACCAAGAACUCCACUACAACCAUCAUUACCAGGUUCAUCCACUUUACCACUUUUGCCUGGAUCAACUGGGAUCAUUAUGGAGACUGGACAGGCUGGUCCUCCUGGCACAGUUGUAAUGUCAGGAAGUGGACGGCCUAAAGGCGCAGAUGGUCAGUAUACCAUGCCCAUAGCUGAAGGAUAUGCAGGAGCACCAGGGUAUCCAAAAUCUUCUCCGCCUUCUACAGACUCGCAAGGACCUACUGCUGCUGCCACCUCUCUGGUGUCUUUUUCGGCUGGUCUUACCCAGAAGCCUUUUCCCAGUGAUGCGGGCGUGGUCCAUUUUAACAAAGUGCUUGUGAAUGAUGGAGACUAUUAUAAUCCUAACACAGGCAUCUUCACAUCUCCCUAUGAAGGCCGCUAUCUGAUCACUGCUGUCCUUGCUCCUGAAAGGGAUGAGUAUGUAGAAGCAGUGCUGUCUGUCGCCAAUGCAAGUGUUGCUCAGCUCCACACAGCUGGCUAUAAAAGAGAACUGCUUGAGUAUCACAAACCACGAACAAGGAAACGAACCUGUGGUGGUGCUGGAACAUUCCAUCUCGUUCUUCACCUAAAAGCAGGAGAUGAAGUAAACAUUGUAGUUACUGGAGGCAAGCUGGCCUACUCUGACGAAAUGUACUCCACAUUUAGUGGAGUUCUUCUUUAUCCUUCCAUUGCUCAUGUCUAGAUUCCAUGUGAAAAGAAGGGCAAGAUAUUCAGGAAAAAUAAAAUUUGAAGCUUUAAUAUAUUCAUUUUAUAUACUUGAUUUGAGUGGUGGGUUUAUGAUCCAUAUUUAACUCUACCUUGUCCCCCCCCACAAGACUUUAACAUGCCUUUUACAGGGCAGUACUUAAAACUAACUCCUUCCCCCAAGCCCUACAAACAGUAAAUUUGUACCCAGCCUGUAUGGGUAGCUCUCUAAUUUGCUCUUGUAUUACUCUUUAGUAAACAAUUUGCCAAUUUCUACAGCCCCCCCCCCCCGCACUGUAUCACUAUCAGUUCCAUAAUCCUAAAUCUGGUCAUUUGAAAUCCUACAAUUCUUGUCCUCUGGUCUGCUACUUUCAUGUUUCCACUUGUGCAGAGAUGAAGUGAUAAUUACAUAGGACUGACCCGAUUUCUGCCCAGAUAUUGGGUUGUUUAGUAUCUGAGCAACUGUUCUUUGGAUCAGCAGCCUUCAUUUAAGAGAGAAGUAGCUCAAGGGAAUUAUGGACAAUGGUUACUCUGGGCAAAAAGGAUAUUGUUUAUCUGUCCAAAGGGCAAACCUCCAUUCUCAGUUGCAAAAUAAUCAGUCACAUCUUAUUCAACUGGAAACACAUAUAAGGGGAGAGUUUGGCCCGACUCAAGUACUUGAUGCAAAACUAAGUCACUUUCUGCUGAUAUGGGAAAAAGGAAGAUGAGUAGAAGCUUCCUUUGCGUCAUAGUGCCUGGCUUUGAAAGCUUAAGACAAAAAACAUUGAGAACAAACCUCAUCUUUUCCUCCAGUAUGAGUGCUACAGCUAGCAAUGGGAAACUUUUAAUUAUCUGUGAUCUAUUAGAAAAGGUGCAUUCAACUGGACUACCUUUCAAAAACUACACUUCCUUGUGCCAAUUUUCAGAGGUUUUACAAUUAAGAAAAAAAUUUCUUUGCCCUGCUACUAUGUGUUAAACCCACCAGCCACAGAAGGGAAUAUCAAAGCUGUCUCUAGCUAGUGUGCUGUCAAAUACACUAAGAAAACUGAAAAACAUUUUCCUUAGUCUUUGUUUUAGUAACCACAUUACUUGUAGCAGCAGUGACAAACUUUCAGACAAGAGUGCAUUUUACAUUAUGUACUUCAACCAGAUGGCAGGCUUCCCUUUGGCCUGAAUAGAUUAAAUCAAUUUUAAACACCAUUGUAGAUUUCCUCAUGCCUUCAUUAAAGUGACCAGUCAAAUUAUGUUUUAGCUCAUUAAAUCUGGUAGUAUUUUGAUCCUUUUUAUGGCUAGAAAAAAAUCCAACAGCAUAUCUGAGUGGGAACAUUCUGCAGAUUUGUAAAAUCUAUAAACUGAUGUUUUUAAUAAUUUUAUUUAUAGCAGUAAUGUGUAAAUAUUUUAACUUUUCUACUGAUAAAUCCAGAACAGCUACUAGUCUAUCUGAAUAAAAUUGUUAGGAGGUAAGCACUCUUUCCUGUGAUGAGGUAUGAUAAAUAUACAUCUAGUCAACAUCUUGUUACAGCUGAGAUGGUAGCUUUGGAAUAAAAGCUCCUUAAGAACUCUGUUCAUUGCUUGGAAACAGAAUAGCUCAGCUUUCAGGGUCAGUUUGAGAAGCUUAAUACAUCAGCUAUAGAAGAAACUAUUUUACUCUAUCAUGGAAUUCUGAGUUAAAGUUUCUUCAUAGAUUUGACUAUAGUUUUUAUAAGCAAAGUAUCAGAAUCUCUAUUGGAACUUUAACACAAUCUUCAGCAAAAGUUGUUGGCACAUUCUUGGUUUCCAGUAAGCAAGUUAUAGCUAAGCUGAGGCUAGGAUUUUGUGUGGUACUAGGAAAACUACUAAGUGGAGGAGCUGCUGUCUCAGAAAGCACACUAAAUGUCUUUCCCUGGAAGCUAUAUGUUGUUUUCCCUGAAACCACAGUGCAGCUUGAAGUUUUAGCAUGCUGUAUGACAAAGUAAAUAGCUUUAUAAGGGGGUGGGGGUGUAUUUUCCUCUGCUUUAAGUCUGCUUCAUGCUUUCAAGCCAAAUCUUUCAGUGUAGACAUAGACCAUAUGGCCUCACUCUGUGAGCCAACUAUUAGGAGAACCAGUUUGCUCCUAGUAUAGGCAAAGAAGUGAGAGACUCCUCCCUGAAGACUAUGCUCUAAAAAGUUGGCUCCAGGUGAUGUGUGAGUCAAGUGUUGUUACAAUAUUGGUGGCUGUCCUAGAAAUGACUCAUGGAAACAAUGUGAGCUGAGCGCUCAGGGAAACCCAGUUGGCAGGCAAGCUCCCUUAAAAAGAAAAAAAAAAAAAAAAAAAAAAAAAGCUUUGUUUAGUGACGACAGCAGCAUUACCUCCUGUACUUUUCUGACUUAUCCAGAGAAGCCUUGCAGCUUGGAAAUAUAACAUGAAUGAGAUCUUCAGUCUAACAGAAAACAUCGGUCAAGCCUGUUAAGUGCCAGUUUCAAGGCAGGUUGGAAAGAAUCUGAGAAUAAAACAUACAAGACAAAGAUUUACAAGUUCUAGCAUCUGUCAUUCUGUGGAUGGGCAGACACAUGAAGACCUCUCAAGAAUACUAGAACUAUUGAGAUGAGCUUACAAGAUAGCAUCAUAUAUAAAGGCAGUCAAAGCAUAAUACCUAGAUCACCGAGAACAAACAAGAAUUUGUCAGAGCUAUUCUAGAAUUGAAGUCUGUAUCCGGAAAGACAGAUUCAACAUAGUGGCCAAACAUGACGAAGGAUUUCUGAGUCCUGGUGAGCAGAUGUGAUACAUGUGAGGAAAUGCAGACCAAGCAGCUAAAAGACAACAAUAUUGCCCAACAGACCUUGGAGAAAAGUAGGAAUGGACCUUUUCACCAAACACCAUCUCAUUUCUGGGAACUAGAUGAACUACCAUAGCAACCCCAUAGACAAAGCAGCAGCAUGGUAUCCCGAACUGUAUAGAUUCAGACAGACCACAAGUUACUUUUACUGAGUUUGUGCAAUCUACCUUGGAAUAGGAAUUUAAUCACAUCACAGCAUUGACUGUUUUUAAAACAGUGCAAAAAGCCAAAGAAAAUAGAUGGCUAGCAGUUCUUGAGUGGAGAAACACUCCCACAGCCUGCAUUAAUAGUAGCCCAGUACCAUGCUUUAUGUCAAGGUGCUCAUGUAUCAUGGUGUCUAGCCCCAGCCUUUCUAAAGCAAGCAGUGAAUGAAAGAAAUUGAAUAGAGGACAGUGAAAUAUGCAGUCCAUGGAAACUUGAUCAGCAGGCCACAACUGGACCAAGAGAGAACAGAACAGUGUCAAAACACCACACUGCCACAGGAACCAAAUGCAAGUCAGUCUUGUCCUCACAAGUCAGACGCACACUCACUCCAAAAUCAAACCACCUGCAAGGUAUGCACCAGACUUUACAAAGCAUGAAAGAACAAUCCUUAAAUUUAAAGUAGGAAUAAAAACCAGUUGGUGUGUUAAUUUAUAUGAUACGCUUUAAGAGUGUAUAAUAUUAAAUAUUAAGCAGUUAUCUCAAACAUGAGGAAUUUUACAAUAGACAGCUUUCCAGUAAGGGGCAUUGUUGUAUGAUAGUGAAUAGAGUAAUGUCUAGGAAGAAUGUAAGUGGAGGGAAAGUAAAGCUUGAAUGUUGCACUGUCUAGCCUCUCUUUUUAGCCUUGGAAAGAGAAUAUGUGCAGCACAGCCAGCAGAAGUGUAGUGGUUUUUUUUUAUUAUUUUUAUUUUAAGACAGACUGCUUUGCAAUUCGCCUUUGGCUUUUCCAUCACAAUUUCCACCUGGCUCUUGCCUGGGAUUUAGGCCAUCUCUGAGUCAUCCAGUUUGAAACAUUGGUCUGGGUUUUGUGGAGGCCUUAGCUACAAGCAUAGAAAUAUUGCAGAUGCAGUUUUUAAGCUAGCCAGUCAGUUCAGCUGGUGCUUCUGAUCAGAUCCCUCAUCCUCCUCACAGAUCUCUUUGAUGCAGGUGCAGAACAGUGUUCCCACAGCAGAGCUGAGGAAAGACACACUCGAUUCAGAGAGGGCAAUCUGACAAACUUCAGUAAUGUUACAGCCUUGGAUAGGCCUGCUUUUUCAAGGUAAAAAAUUGCAUUGAGUGCAUACCUUUUUGGAACUUUCCAAACCCAGCAGCACCACAUCUAGUCUUUUGUCAACUUCUUCCAUCACCAUGGGUUCUCCGAGACAUUAGGAGAUGCAAAGUCUAACAAAAGGUCUGCGCACACUGAACUACAGGGUUUGCCAUUCUAGUCCAGAUGUUUGUCCAUCUUGUCUGGAAUUCUGUAUCUAAAAGGGGGACAGAUUAUUUCUGCCACUUAAAGUAAAUAUUGUUGGCAAUCCCAUGUUUAAUGCUACUUAUGGCCAUGUAAGGGACAGCAAAUCUGUUACUUUAAGUUGCCACAUAUGCUAUCCCCAGGCAGAUAGUGGGCAAAGUACAUAGAGUACAGCAGGAAGUGGCACCAUAUCUGCUGUAGCAGAGCCCCCACUCCAGUAGUUUUGAGGUGGUCUGGGGGCCCAGCUAUAGAGCUCUGUACAAGAGGAAAUUGUGUUUCAUGUUUAAAGUGGUGGGAAGUGCACACAUUAUUCAUUUAUACUGUGAAGAAUCAAAGGCACAACUAUUUGUCUAGUGAGUAUUUCUGUACACAAUUCACUACUGUCCCAUAUUAGAAGUUACUGAAUCAGAUAGAUUCUUAUGAAUAGAAUAAAAAAGCUGGUUGGAUAAAAGUAACUCAUAGGAAAUAGCAAGUAACUAGAACAAGUAAACUUCCCUAGUAGACUGUAAGUGACACAUGAUCUCUAUUAGUACCUCACAUUCAGUACAGGUAACAGAACUGAAUAAUAUCAUUAAUCAGCCCGCCCCUGGAAGCAUUCCAAAGGAACAUUUGCUUUUCUUCCUGAUGAUUUUUUUUCAACUAGGUAUUUUCAUUAGAUAAACCUGAUUCCAUUUAAAAUAUGAAAUGCUGGUUUACAUACAUCCUUGUUUAGUACUUUGGCAAUUAUUUAAAGAAUGAAAUUCUCACUGGCUCUUAUAAAAGAAUAAAGAGAAAAAAACACUUUAAUUUAAAGUUUAUUUAUUGUGGCAACAUUAUUUUGAACAUCAAUAACCUACACUUUGGUGCAAUGUUUAUUUACCCAAAGACAGUCCAGUCUUUACAAAGACCACUGUACUGGCAUAUUCACAGAGUUGAUAAUUUAACACUAACUUAUUGUAUAGUUUAACAAUCAACUAUUUCACAUGUUCUCAAUUAAUAAUGAAAUAGAAAGUAUUAAAGAGUUCUGCUGACCCUCACCUGAAAAACAAACCAAAAUGCAGCUUUCAUCUGGAGAUAAUUAACACUUUUAAAAAAAUGAAGCAGAGUUUCAUCUUACUUAGCAGGAUUUAACAUAAGAAACAAAACUUUGAGGCAAAAGUGACGAUUCAAAGUCAUCUAAAAUUCACUAGACAUUUUUAAUGUUUCAUAAUGAAGUUGUAAUUCAGUUUCUUAUUUUUAAACUCCUCCUUCAAAUGUCAAGGAGUCUAUUUCUAGGAGACCUGAAUACAAUGUCAAAUGCAUCUUUUUACCCAUUUGGCUUACAAUUGCCAGAUUGACUCAGAGUUUGUCAGAAGUUAUAUAAUUUAGUUGAUUUAAGUGUUAAAACUUUUCCAGUUGAAGACUUGUGUUCUAGAAACAGUAUAAUGAUGUCACAAAGCUAAGAAUACAUGAUCCAGCAUCACACCUGCACUUCUAUACUCAAAAAAGAUUAAAAGCCCCACAUUUUUGAAGUACAAGCUUAAACACACAAAAGUAAAAAAGAAAUCCAGAAAUGUUUACCUCUAUACAUACAAGUGACUAAGUUAUGAUCUUUAAUCACUAUAGAAAUGGGCAGUGUCCAAUGGACUGCCCAGAUCUGAACUGCAGUGUUCCUUUUUUAUCCGCAGAUAAAUACUGUGGAAGUUUAUGGUGUCAAACACUGUUCCAAUGCAAAGGGGAUCUGCACCUUCAACAACAGUCUUAAAAGAGGUGUGCGUGUGUGUAGACACACUUAAAAGCUCAUCUCUUUCACAGAAAGAAUGAAUUAAUUUGUGCUGAUGUGAAAUAGGCUUAGCACAAACAUUGUUUUCAAACCAUCUAUUUCCACUAAGGUAAAAUAAAGGAAGCAGACUAAUGUGUAAUUCUGAUCUAUCCACUUCAUAGUGUAGAACUGUCAAAUGGUAGGUUUUCGCUAAUGAGAUGUCUUUUCUAGAAUCUGUUUGGAAUACUGGACAUUUUACCUCCCUAUGUAAGUAAUGGUCUGCAUAGAAUACCCAAGUUCAGUCCCCAAAAUGGCUUCUAAAAGUAAUAUCAUCCAAUCUGAGUAGGGCUCCAAAUGCAAGUUGGUUUCAAAUGAAAAAAGCCAUUUGCUUAAGAGGAAGACUCAAGAAUACUUUUGCAUUGUAUCCAAACCUAUAUAGCAGAAUUGUAACCAUCACAAACAGAGUGGAAGGGCAGCAUAUUUAUUCAGCACCUUUUUGGAAAUCCCAAAUGCCAAAAAUUCAUCCCAAAAUUGCAACAAAACCGAAGUGCUCACAUUAAUUUAAACUACUAGUGCUUAAAGGAGACAUUUUACCCUGUUCAAUUUGAUGUUUAAAACAGGUUUUAUGUUGAUUUUACCCUGUCCCCACCUUAAAGUGCACAGAAUUCAUCACUGCAUGUGUCAAACUGUAGACAUCAUGAAAACCUAGAUUAAGAGAAAACUAGCCAAGAUAGAUAAUGAGCUAAAAGUGCUGAAGGAAAUUCUGACCAUCCCAGAAGACCUAAUCUAGGAGAUACAGGUCCAUUCCUUUUGUGGAAAGAUUGCUUCAUUACUGAGGGGAAAAUUUUUUUCACUUAAUAGCCUGCAUCUCAUUGAUUUUCAAAGCAACUUAUGAAAAUUUUACCCUUUGUGAAAGGGCUUUCCCUAUUAGAAAAAAACCAAGAAAAGAAAUAAAAACAGAUACCGGGCUUUUAAAGACUGGGGUUUAUAAGCCUUUGCUCAGUGCAGUGAUCUAUAAAAUAGGCCACAUUCAGUUCUGAUCUGAACCUGCAAAAUAAACCAGCAAUAGCAUUUGCAGCCCACUACUGCUUCCAUUAUAGACAAAGACUGUGGCUCUUGACUGAGUAAUCCUUGUACAAUUAUGGCUGCUGCAAAUACUAACUUAUAAAACAAUAUCUUUAGACAUUUGUUACGAUCAUGAAAAAAAUGUAGUCUCCUCUACUUAACACUAAGUAGACUUGGGGAAUGGCCAACUUUUCCGUGGAAAUGAUUAUUAGCAUACCAUGAAAUCUAUAUACUGUAAUGAGGCUGCCAUUUAAAUAAUUUGUUUAUAUGGCACAGAAAAGUUCACAUUGAUGUAACUUGCUUUUUCCUUUCCUUCACCGCAGCCUUCAUGAAAGAGCCAGGUUCUCUUUGCAACUUCAUCUCUUUGCUUAUAAUUCCAGUUGCUGCAAGCUAUUCAGUAAAAAUAACCUACUUCAAAUGAUAUGCUGAUCCAAAAAUAUUCAGUGAAUCUGUUUCUCAGUUGGCUGGAGCUAGCUCCUGUUGUGUUAGAACCUCAGAGGGAGAAUUCUCAGACUGACAAAGGAAAUAAAAGAUUCCAUCUAAAAAUCUACCAAAUCUGCUGUUUUCACUGAUAGCCUAGGGUCAACAGCCUCAUUUCCACUCUGCAUCUCUAGGAGGCACAGCACAGAAUCUCACUCCAGCUUUAUGCUAUACCCUUCCUAAGAAGGGUGCUGUACAAACUAAAAGG